GAGAAAUGGGGAAGUGAAUGCAGCACUCAAAGGCUUUGUAGAAGAGAAGAGAUCAGGAAUUAAAAGCCAGCAUAGAAAGAUCCAGAGAGAAAUGGCAAAGAAAUAAGAUCCACAGAGAAGCAAAAACAAGGAUUCUGAGAUCGGAUCUCCACCAUGGCCUCUCGGCAAAGUGAAGAGGAGUGCAAUCCCCUGUUACAGCAGAAAGGAGCCCAGCUCAAUGGACCAGCCAAGUCUCUCUUUGAGGGCAGAAAGGCUGCCUGCCUGGCUGUGUUGCUGGUGGAGAUCCUGGAGCGAGCAGCUUUCUUUGGUAUCGUCUCCAAUCUUGUCUUGUACCUCAACAGCAGCACCUUUAACUGGGGUGGCUCCCAGGCUUCUCAGGCAGUUUUGAUCUUCAUAGGUGCCUCCUACCUGCUCUCGCCCAUUGGGGGCUGGCUCGCCGAUGCUUGCCUAGGCUGCUACUGGACUAUUGUCUUCAGCUUCCUGCUCUACCUUGUCUCAGCAUGCCUGUUGCCCACUGUGGCCUCUCAGGAGGGGCGCCUCUGGUUGUGUGGAGAGAUGCCAUCCUACCCAAUGCAGCCUUUGUGCCAGGGUGACAUGUCAGAGUGUAAACAAGCACUGCCAAGUCCAUACUGCGCCCCUCUCCUGUACACUGGCCUGCUGAUCCUGGCCUUUGGCAUCAGCUCCGUCAAAGCCAAUCUCAUUCCAUUUGGUGCCGAUCAGGUGACAGACCGUGGCCAGGAAGCUACCCGACGUUUCUUCAACUGGUUCUACUGGAGCAUUAACAUUGGGGCUGUGCUUUCGCUGCUGGUGAUUGCCUUCAUCCAACAGAAUGUGGAUUUCCUGAUUGGCUAUGCCAUUCCUGCUGUCUGCCUGGCCCUGGCCCUUGUAAUCUUUCUUCUGGCUGCCCCCAUCUUUGUCACAAAGCCAGCUGCUGGCAGUCGAGUCCGCACCAUGUUGUAUUUGGCUCUCCAGAAUAGCUGUUGUGGCAAAGCAAUGCAGAAGGUGACCAUAAAAAUCAGGGCAAGGAAUCCCCUGCUGGAAGCAGACAGACCCAAUCCCCUUUCAAGGGAAAGCAAGCAGCCUAUGGGGUCAUCCAAUGAACACGCCUCCAACCUCCACGUAAUGGCAAAGAUCCUGCCAGUUCUGCUGACUCUCGUUCCCUAUUGGAUGGUUUAUUUUCAGUUUCCAGAUGCCUGGCUCCUUCUAGCCAAUGUAGUGGUUCUGUUGAUCCUCAUUCCAUUGAAGGACCGGGUAAUAGACCCAUUCCUAGCAAAGAAGAAGCUGUUGCCAUCAGCACUGAGGAGAAUGGCCCUGGGCAUGAUCUUUGGCCUUGGCUCAGUCCUAUUAGCAGGUUUCCUGGAAACUAAGCGGCUGCAAUAUGUGAACAACAACCAGACAAUCACGCAACGAAUUGGGAAAGAUGAAUACUCUGCAGCCCCACUCUCCAUUUUCUGGCAAAUCCCUCAAUAUUUACUCAUUGGAAUCAGUGAAAUCUUUGCCAGCAUUCCGGGGCUGGAAUUUGCCUAUUCUGAAGCUCCCAGAAGCAUGCAAGGAGCAAUCAUGGGUCUUUUCUUCUUCAUUUCUGGAGUUGGAUCUCUUUUAGGAUCUGGCCUCCUGAGUUUACUCUCCCUGCCAACCAAUGGUUGGAUGCACUGCCCAGAAGAUUUUGGAAACAUCAACAAAUGUCGGAUGGAUUAUUAUUUCUUCCUCCUAGGUGGGAUUCAGGCGAUAACAUGCAUCCUCUUUAUGUUCAUCUCCGUCCGCUAUGAGCGUCAACAGCGACCCACCAGCUGAGAGAACAAUUGUGAUCACAUUUUUCAGGACUGCAAGAAGGCACACAUGCUUUUCAUCAUGAGGUUCAAUGCUAUGGCUGUUGCAGAAAGUUAACCAAUUCAAAUGUUGUGAAGGCUGUAUUAAUGAAAAUUGUAAUGAAUGAAAUUAAUGAAAGUAAUCCAGAUUACCAACAACAGCAGCUAAUCAGGGUACUAAGAAAUAUAGUUCUUAUUUGAGGUGUUAAUGUUUUCCAGAAACUCAAUAUGAACAGUGGAGUUAUGGGAAGAUUGACGCUAAGAUAUUAACUACUGAAUGUAAGUUAAACGGAUCAUGUCUUGAUCCAUCUAAAUGGUUCUUGCCCCUCUUAGUACUUACCAUCUUACCAUCUCCUUUGAGCUGAACCAUUUUUUGGGGAGACAAAAUUAUUGUAUGUACCUGUACAUAGACAUUCACGUAAUUUGGAGAUCUGAAAGUCAUCAGAAGCUUCUGAUACUUUCCAGCCAAAUAUCAGUGUUCCAAAUGUAGAUUUCAUGGGGAUCACAAUUAUGGAAUAAAACCUUGUAUUUAUAGCUUGUAAAGUAAUAGGAAGAUACCAGAAGUUUCCUUUUCAGCAACCUACCCAAGUCUUAAAAAUGCAUAUUACCAGUCGCAUUUAUUUCUUUAAAUAAAUAAUGUAUUGUCCUUUAUCUGUGGACAUGCAAAUCUUUGCUUCCAAAUAUUGUUGGAUAAUACUGAAGAAUACAGAAAUAUCAUAUUAUACAUUAUAUUAUGCAUAUGGACAUUUAUAAUGGGAGCUACAGUUAUGUGACUGUAUGGUAUAUGGUGACUUAACAUAUGUAGCUUUAAUUUUGGACAAAUGCAUUUCUGCAUUCAUGUACAAAAUCUUAAACAUUUUUUUAAAAAAAACCUUUCAGGAAAUAGUUUGAAAUUGAUAUGAAAUCCAUUAUCCCUUUCUGGAUGGCAAGAAUGGAAAUUACAGGUAUUCUUGCAAAAU